GCUAUCUGACGCUGUCCUUCUCUCUCUCACUCUCUCCUCGGAAUCUUGUCUUUUUUUUCCACAGAAAACAUGCAGGGAGGAGAGGAGGAGGAGAAAAGAAGAAACGCGUUGGAGGCGACAAGAGAGAGAGGAAGCAGCAGAGAAAGUUGGUAGAGAGGAGCGAGAGGAGAGGAGAGGGGUCGACCAGAUGGGAGGAAGGAAGGAAAGGAUCUCUCCGCGGGCUCAAGUGCGCGAUUAAAGGAUCCUGCAUAAAUAAACAAAUAUAUGAAUCAAAGCCUAUAAUAAAAAAGUGGAGUUCCAGGCGCGCCGCCGUGUUGCGUGGACGCGGACGAGAAGACAGCGGCGGUGCGCGCCGCCUGCAACACUCCUGUCUUUCUCUCUCUCUGGAUUUUACUCCUCAUGUUCUUCAAACUCUCGGUGAGGUUCACUAACUUUUGAGGUCGGCGUCUGAAAAACUUUCCCCUCCCCUCGUCCUUUCAAUUCACGCGCUCCCCGGAAAAGAAAAAGAAGCUCCGGGGUGGAAGCGGAGGAAGGAAGAGCAGUUUUUUGUUCCUUCCGAGGAGUCCAGCUCGCCUUAGCCGGGGUUUAGGCGUUGGCACCCGGGCAGGGAGUCCCUCGCCAUGGCCGGGGCCAAGCCGGGAGUCCACGCGCUGCAGCUCAAACCCGUGUCCGUCCAUGAAGCGCUGAAGAAGGGGGGCAAAUUCAUCAAAUGGGACGAGGAACCCAACAGCGGGCCCCCCACCCUGGUAACCCUGAAAGUUGACCCAGAUGGAUUCUUCCUGUACUGGACUGGAGGGUCCAACCUGGAGGUGGAGAUCCUUGAUAUCAGCACCAUCAGGGACACCAGAACAGGAAAAUACGCCAAACUACCAAAGGACCCGAAGCUGCGGGAGGUGCUUGGCUUUGGCAAGGGUGACAAUGUCGAAGGGAAGCUGGUAACUGUCGUCCAUGGCAAUGACCUGGUCAACAUCUCCUUUCACAACUUCCAGGCGAUGCAGGAAGAUACAGCCAAGAUUUGGACAGAUGAGCUGUUCACUUUGGCCACAAACAUACUUUCCCAGAAUGCAUCACGGCACACGUUCCUCCUCAAAGCGUACACUAAGUUAAAGCUGCAGGUGAAUCAGGAUGGAAAGAUUCCCGUGAAGAAUAUUCUCAAGAUGUUUUCGGAUAAGAAGAGAGUGGAGACGGCUCUGGAGCAGUGUGGCCUCGUCAAUAACAGGUCAGAGGGAAUCAAGCCAGAUGAUUUCACGUGGGAGGCCUUCCAGAAGUUUCUCGACACCCUCAGUCUCCGGCCUGAGAUACAAAGCAUCUUUGAGGAAAGUGGCUCCAAGAGGAAGCCAUUCAUCUCUCUGGACCAGUUCAUGGACUUCAUUAACCGCAGGCAGCGAGACUCCAGACUGAACGAGGUGCUGUACCCCCCGCUGAAGAGAGAGCAGGUCCGACAGAUCAUGGAGAAAUAUGAGACCAACGCCAGCCAGCUGGAGAGAGACCAGAUCAGUUUGCAGGCUUUCAGUCGGUACCUGGGAGGAGAGGAAAACACCAUCGUACCUCCAGAGAGGCUGGACCUCAUCGACGAUAUGAACCAACCGCUGUCCCACUACUUUAUCAAUUCCUCGCACAACACAUACCUCACAGUUGGUCAGCUGACCGGUCUGUCGUCAGUGGAGAUGUACAGGCAGGUGCUGCUGACCGGCUGUCGCUGUGUAGAGCUGGACUGCUGGAAAGGCCGGCCGCAAGACGAGGAGCCCUACAUCACCCACGGGUUCACCAUGACCACUGAGAUCCCAUUUAAGGAGGUGAUCGAGGCGAUAGCAGAGAGUGCUUUCAAGACCUCACCAUACCCCCUCAUCCUGUCCUUUGAAAACCACGUAGAUUCGGCCAAGCAACAGGCCAAAAUGGCAGAGUACUGCCGGACCAUCUUUGGAGAUGCCCUGCUCAUCGAUCCCCUAGAGAAAUAUCCGCUGGACCCCGGUCAGCCCCUCCCCUCACCGCAGGAGAUGAUGGGGAAGAUUCUCAUCAAAAACAAGAAGAAACACCACCACCACCGACCCUCGAGUAGUGGCAGCAUACGACGCAGAGAGCUGGAGGAGCAGUCGUCGCCCAACAAUGACUGCCCUCUGACAGACGGUGAGGGAAGCCAGCUCCUGUCUAACGGGGAGGAGAAGCUGGCUGAGAGGAUGGUCAAAGACUCGGAGCCUCGUAAAUCCAUUGGAGGUGAGGGAGAAAGUGAGGAGGAUGAGGAGGACGAACCAGCGGCAGAGUUGAAAAAGCCAAACUCCGAUGAGGGUACAGCCAGCAGUGAGGUGAAUGCCACAGAGGAGAUGUCGACUCUUGUCAACUACAUUGAACCUGUCAAAUUCAAGAGCUUCGAGGUGGCGAACAAGAGGAGGAAGUACUUUGAAAUGUCGUCUUUUGUGGAAACGAAAGGCAUGGACACCCUGAAGAGCUCCCCCAUCGAGUUUGUCGAGUACAACAAAAAUCAACUGAGCCGAAUCUACCCUAAAGGAACAAGGGUUGACAGCUCCAACUACAUGCCUCAGCUCUUCUGGAAUGUCGGCUGCCAGAUGGUGGCGCUAAACUUCCAGACCCUUGACCUCCCUAUGCAGCUGAACAUGGGUGUGUUCGAGUACAACGGCCACAGCGGCUACUUGCUGAAACCUGAGUUCAUGAGAAGGACAGACAAACACUUUGACCCUUUUACAGAAAACAUAGUGGAUGGGAUAGUUGCCAAUACCAUCAAAAUUAGGGUGAUAUCAGGUCAGUUCCUGACUGAUAAAAAGGUCGGUGUGUACGUGGAAGUGGACAUGUUUGGCCUUCCUGCUGACACCAAGAGGAAGUACAGAACCAAAACGUCCAAUGGGAACUCUCUGGACCCUGUGUGGGAUGAUGACAUGUUUGUUUUUAAUAAGGUGGUCCUCCCUACACUGGCCUCUCUGAGGAUAGCAGUGUUUGAAGAAAACGGCAAGUUUAUUGGACAUCGGAUCCUCCCUGUGUCAGCCAUUAGACCUGGCUACCACUACAUCAACCUAAAGAAUGAGCUGAACCAGCCCCUCCUGCUGCCCUCGCUGCUGGUUUACACUGAAGCUCAGGACUACAUCCCCAAUGAACACCAGGAAUACGCAGAGGCUCUGACCAACCCCAUUAAGCACAUCAGUCAAUUACACAAGAGAGAGACGCAGCUGGCUGUUCUCAUAGAGGACAACAGUGAGCCUGUCCCUAACCAUCCCAAAGAGGGAGAGACCAAGGGAGAGUGUGAAGUCAUUCCAGGUGGUCGACACUCCUCCCCCUUCCACACCCUCCCCCCCUGCUCACCGGACGAAGCCCCUGACAUCCUCAAAGUACCUGCGCCAGCACCAAAUCAGAAGGAAGACCUCAUAGCCACUGUGCUGGCAGACAUCCAGGCCCAGUCUAUAGAGGAACUGAAGCAGCAGAAGAGUUAUGUGAAGCUGCUAAAGAAACAAAGCAAAGAGCUCAAAGAGAUGCGUAAGAAACAUCUCAAGAAGGUGUGGAAUCUGAGCAAGGAGCAGAAGAGUCGGACUAGCCAGCUUCAGUCUGACACCCAGAGGAAACGCAGUCAGAUGGAGAAGCACCUCAAACGUAGCAUCAAGAAAAACGAGCCCUAUGAGCCAGUGCAGCGUGAGCUGACGGCGCUGGAUCAGGAGCUUGAGAAGCAGACGGUCCAGCUGAGGGAAUGGCAGAUGCAAGAACUGCUGAAGCUCCGACAGCAGCUCCACUCGCUGGAGAGAGAGAAGCAACAAAUACACCUGCAGGAGGCCUUCCACAAGUUAAAGGAGACGGCCAGUGAAUGCCAAGCAGCUCAGCUGAAGAAGCUCAAGGAGACGUGUGAGAAGGAGAAGAAAGAGCUCCAGAAGAUCCUGGACAGGAAGCGUCAAAACAGCAUCAGUGAAGCCAAGAGCCGCGACAAAGACAAGGCUGAAACGGACCUGAAUGAGAUCAACAGGAAACAUAUUCAAGAUUCUGUCUCCCUAAUCCGCGGGCUGGAGGAGGCUCAGACCAGGAGACAGGACAAGCUAACACUGAGACAACGGGAGGUGCUGCAACACUUAGAUGAUGAACUUCCACAGCUCCAGUCUCAGCUGGAGAGGGACCUGGAGCAGGAGUAUCAGCGACUACCAGAGGAAAUCUGCGAGCACCUUCAGCUGGAGCUCCAAAACAAAGGUCUCAGAAAAGACGCCCUGUUCUCGCCCUUGUCCAAUCACAGCAGCCCCAGCUCCGGCUCGGGUCCGCCCUCCAACUGCUCCACGCCCUCGUACCCGUCGACGCCCAAUCGGAGCAGCUGGAACAGGAGCAUGGACAAUAGCAUGGCCUCACUGGCAGAUUCCACUUCCUCGUCCACCACUCCUGUCCUGUCAGAGGCGGAGAUGUCGUUCAGUUAAAACUAUUACUUGUAAAAAAGAAAAUACAUACAGUACAUUCAACUGGGGUCUAUAAUGAUUAUAAUGUGGGAUAGUAAUGAUAUUAAUUAUUUACUAAUUUUAUUCCUUUUUUAUUACAGACUGUUUUUGUUCUUGUCUACAGAGCUAUAUUAUUUUUUAUUUUGCUGUUUUUGUCAGAUGCACAUCAUGACUUUUGUUGGAAGAUUUCAUAAGAAUCAUAACCAAACUUUUUUUUAACCUUUUUUACAUUUUGUCUCUGUCUUUUUAAUGUCAUGUUCUUCGAGAUCUUUUUCUUAGCAUUGUUUCCAUGUUUGUCUGCUCAGUAAGUGUUGAUGUGGUUUAUCGUCACACCACGAGCUUCAUGUUCACACUGUUUUUAUGAAAGCUUUCUGUUUGUAACAGCUUUAACAACUUUAUUGAUACCUUUUGAAAGCUUUAAACAGUGUAGAGAGAGAAGUGGGGUUAGAUAACGGCUGCUUUUGCUCAGAAAAACAUUAUGAUAUACAUACACCUGGCCCAAGCGUUUAAUCUUAAUGGUAAGAAAAAGUUAGUCUCACUGAAAAUUUUUGAUUUUUGGUUUGGAGCAAUGUUAGACCUAUUGCUUUAUAAAGGCCUCACAUUCUACACAUAGAUGAGGAACUAUUUAAAAACUACACAUCCUUUCCACCUUCUCAAGUAAAAGGUAAAGGUUAGAGAAAAAUUUUCCAGAAUUGAGUAUCAAGAGGGAAAAUAAGGCAGAAUUUUUUAGAGACUUUAAAAAAAAAAAACCUGACGUUUUUAGCUGUAAUGGCAGUAGCUACCAGCAGGUGGUGCUGCAGCCUUUGCUGUGUAAUCUAAAUUGGUGGUUUGAACCUUCCAUUCAUACUGUACCCUGACACACACACACUCACACACCUGUCUCAGCAGGAUCUGCAGCGUCAUUGGUUGGGAAAAAAAAAAUCUCUGGCCUUUAACCUCCGAUCGAAAUCCAGCCAAGGUCGCAUGGGGGGCGGUCAGCAGACAUCCAUCUGGCUAGAAACAAGUGUGUGUGUGUGUGUGUGUGUGUGUGUGUGUGUGUGUGUGUGUGUGUGUGUGUGUGUGUGUGGGUGGGUGUGGGUGGGUGUUUGAGGGUAAAGAAUGGUGGCUUUUUGGUGACGCAACACUCACUUUCGCACACAUUCUCCACACUGUAUAUCUACUGAGGCCUCUAUGAAACUUCUGUCCACGCAUAGUGGUAUGCCACACACACACACACACACACACACACACACACACACACACACACACACACGGACACAGUUUAUUGGUUCAGUGGCCAAAAGCCGGUAAAAUCCUCAUCCCAUCCAAUCUAACCCCGUUUGAAAACAGGACACGCACACACACAUUCGGGAAGAACCUCAGUAAUUUUACAAAUAUCGCAGAUUAUGAGACUCUGCAUGGCUUUUUGUGUGUGUGUAUGUUUGUGGCCAGAAGUUAAUCUCUUGAUGAGACAUCUGCUCUUGCCCACUAAAUGGAAAGAGUCCGCUCAGUGUUUGUGUGUGUGUACAUGUUUGUUAUGGCAGUUAGCUUGCCACUUUUGCAGCCUAGAGAAGGACAUUGUGCUUAAAUAGCAACGCUGCUGUAGGAGACAGUCUUCAGAUGACGACUUAAAGCUGCACUAUGACAUUUAAAGUAAAAAUGCACUCGAAAUUUGGAGUCUGAAUCCCCAAAUGAGGCAAACACAUGAGGGUAUUCACUUGACUUCUAAUCACAACACUGUAGAUUUGCUCAAUUUAACAAGUUCUAAUUGUUGUAGUGUAAGAUAAUGUGGUAAGAAGUCCUGUCACAGUUUAAUUUAACUGAAGCCUCAAAAUUCAAAGAGUUACCUCUUAUUGCCAUCAUGUGUCGCUCUGAAAAACAGUUCUCUUGUUUCCAGAAUUACCAAUGGACAAAGGAACGGCUUAUUUGCAUUUUAUUUUAGGGUAAAUAUGCCCUUAAAACAUCCCACACAAUCUCUUAUAUACUCCAUUUAUGCCAAAUAUUGAAUGUUUGAACGGUACUUUAAGUUAAAAUUCUAUGUUUCUGUCUCUGUUGAAGCUUCCUAGCUCUUUUUUUUUUUCAUCCAUUACUGGAGACUUUUUUAACAGCACAAUGUGUUUUUUUCUUUCUCGUCUUGUCUGCUUUGAGGGGUAAAAUGAUGGCACUCUGUGUUUAUGUAUUCUGUGUAUAUGUGUAGUUUUAUGUGAAUUUUACUACUGACCACAAGUGCUGGAGAGGGAUGGAGGUCAGGAGAGGUAAAGGAAGGUUGAGGGGAGUAUUUUAAUUUCUACUUUUUCCACAAAGAAAAGAUUGUUUUUUUGUUUUUUAGAUGAGAUUCAGUGAUUCCUAUCUUGUCCUCUCCCACCUCCCUCCUUCAAUAAGCACUGGCUGCCUGUCUGUCUGAUUAUUCCCCCUCACACACAGCCUUUGUAAACUCUCAUCUAUUUAAAUGGGAUUUUAACAACU